CGUCGCGCGCCUCACGUAGUUCUAUUUGUCACUAGUUUAGUUUUUUCCUCUUUAAAACUCGGUCGAAAUGGCGGGUUUAGCGGCUAGAUUAACGGUUAAAAACUGCACAAUAAUCGCCCAAAGGUCGAGUGUGAUCGUCGGUGUUGGUCGAUCGGCCAGAUUUUCCAGUAGUUCGUCACAAAUGGGCAGAAUUCCGGGACACAAAACUCGACGUCUGCUUACUAUUGUAGGCGGUAGUGCUGUUUCUUUAGCCGCCCUGGCGGCUUUCAUCAAACUACGUUCCGCGGAAAACCCUGUGAAUGCAGUUAGCCUAAAAAGGCGCAUGCGCGACGAUAGCGAGCUGGAGAACGUAAAACUGACGGCCCGGGAGCGCCGCUUCAUCAAGUUUGCAUCCGUGGAGUACGAUGACCAGCUCUACAUGACACCGCAGGACUUCCUAGACUCCGUUGUUGAGCAGGAGCCCAGACCUCGCUUGAAACGACGCCAGUUGUCCAGCGAUGAGGUGGAUAAAUACAAGGAGAACACGCCUGCUUUGAAGAAGGGUUCCACUCGUCUGUUUCGCAACCUAAGGGACAAGGGCAUUGUCUCCUACACGGAAUAUUUGUUUUUGCUGUCCAUUCUAACAAAGCCGAAAUCAGGAUUCCGAAUCGCAUUCAACAUGUUCGACACGGAUGGAAAUCAGCGCGUUGACAAGGACGAAUUUCUAGUGAUAAUUUCCAUUUUGGCCGGCGCUUUAAAAGACACUCAAAAUGUCGAUCCACAAACCAAGCGAAUUAUGGAGCGCAUUUUCAGUGGCGCUUGGAAGGAGAAGCACGGCGAGCAAGAGCCGGAAGAGGAGCUCGCAACGCCCACUCCCCUGGAGAACUAUGUAAACGAUGGCGAGGGUCUGCAGCGGCGUCACAUGGUGGCCACCACACUGCAGCUGCACUUCUUCGGCAAGCGGGGCACUGGGGUGAUCAACUACGAUAACUUCUACCGCUUCAUGGACAACCUGCAGACGGAGGUGCUGGAGCUGGAGUUCCACGAGUUCUCCAAGGGCAACAGCGUCAUCAGCGAGCUGGACUUUGCCAAAAUCCUGCUGCGUUACACGUACUUGGCCACCGACGAGUAUGAUGUCUUUCUGGAGCGCCUGCUCGAGCGGGUCAAGGAUGAGAAGGGCAUAUCCUUUCACGAUUUCCGCGACUUUUGUCACUUCCUCAACAAUCUGGAUGACUUCACAAUCGCCAUGCGCAUGUAUACGCUGGCGGAUAGAGCCAUUUCAAAGGAUGAAUUUUCGCGCGCUGUCAAGAUCUGCACCGGCUAUAAGCUAAGUCCUCACUUGAUCGAUACCGUGUUCGCCAUCUUCGACGCGGAUGGCGAUGGCCUGCUGUCCUACAAGGAGUUCAUAGCCAUCAUGAAGGAUCGCCUGCAUCGCGGCUUCAAAUCCGUGGCCAAAUCGGAGGGCUGGGAUGCUUUCAAGUACUGUGUGCGCAACGAGAUGAAAACAAUGAUGAAGUCGGCAAACUAAAUUUGACAAUGAAACAAAAGUCCGCAAACAACGAGGAAACCAUUGAAGCCAAAGUGAAACAAAGUUCUAGUUACAAAGUUUUCUUCUAAAGAACCAAAAUCUCGUGUAUAGCUAUAGCCUUUAUAUUUGUUAUUUAUGAAUUUGUUAUCGAACUAAGCACCCAUCUCUUGUAGCCAAAAUAUUGAGAACAUUUUUAAAAUCGGCUCUUGAUUGCCAUUGUUUUUAUAAAUGUAUAGUGCAAAUAAAAUUGUUUUGUAAAAUUUGUUUUAAAUUUUUAUUUAGUUUUCAUUUCGUUUAAGAUUAUGAUUUCUUAGAAAAUGCAGCUCGUUACCAAGCAUCAAGUUAUUCAUCAACUGAAACAUUCCAUUAUUGAACUGUAGAACUAAGUGCUUUUAUAAUAGAUAUAAAAACUAAAAACUUCGCUUGUCAAGGAUCUCCACGAAUGGGAGGAGUGUUGGGAUAGGUAGGUGUGUCUUAACUAAUGCAUAAAUAUACAAUAAGUCUAGGUACUAUAUAUAAAACUCGAACUAUUUGUCUAGAUCAACUUGCACUUGGGCAUUGAACAAAAUCAAAAAUUAUCACAGUUAAAUUCCGUGCAUUCGACAGAAGACACACUACAUUAUUCUUACUUGGUAUACAAAAUAGUUUCAUUUGUUUACUUACCGUUGAAUAUUUUUGCUAAGAACUGAAUUGGGAAUCAUUUUGGAAUAGUUGCAUAUACACAAAUUGCACGAUUAAAUUAAAAUAAUUAUCUUAAUAAAUGAUUACAACU